UGAAGUUAGUUGAGUGUCGCCCGUGUGAGUGUCUAAAAGUAAACAGUCUCCGCGGUGGACGUUUCUUCGUGAGUAUUUGUUAAUAGAGAGUUACCGAGUGUAUUAGUGAUACGUGUGAUUAAAGCAGAGCCGCAUGGCCAGUGACACCAAGCACAGUGCUACAGUACCAAUGACGCUAGAAGUGCCAGACAAACAGUGCCAUAAUAUCAAUGCAGGCACGGUAGAAGUGAUCCCAUAACAGUGCCAGGAAAUAGAGCCACAGGAACAGUGCCACAAGUAGAGAUAACAUAACAGUGACAUCUGAACAGUGCCACAAGAACAGUGACACCAAAACAGUGCCUUGAGAUUAGAGACGCGACAGUAACAGUGAAACAAAAGAACACGUGCAAGAGAUGAAGUGCGCAGUUAGUUAGAUCUGAUUUACGUACAUCGUAUUAGCGCAAAAGCAGUGUUGCCAGAACAUAAAAAAUUCAUGCCACGUGUACAACAUGGAAAGUAAUGCGCGUGAGUGCGUGCGUGUGCGUACAUGGGUAAGUGAGUGAGGGUGAAACAGGACGCAUAUAAAGAAGAGUUAGUCCAAAAUGAAGAAAAAUAACAGUAAAAUAAAUAUAAAAAAUGUGAAUGAUAGGAAUAAAAAGGCAAAUAACUAUACUAAUACAAACCAAGAGUGAAGGCAAAGUGUUAUAAAGAAAAAGUUGUAUAUUGGGACCUGAAAUAAAUCUCCAUUGAACUGAAACGAUAACUGAAGCUAACAGCUCAUCACAACACCAGGAACCAAGAGAACGUAGUACCAGCAUCACCAACAUCACCAUUCUCACCAUGUCGCGCCACAUGUUCCUGCCGAGGGGGAAGAGAAUCGUGCUGUACCGUAGUGGUGACAAGUUUUACUCUGGCACUCCUUUCACCAUCAACCCACGGUACAUCAGGAACGUGGAGGAUCUUCUGGCGGAGGCUACAACUAAGGUGGACGCAGUGUGGGGCACGGCGAGGAGCAUACACACUCCUAACACGGGCACUGCCAUCCGGAGCAUAGAGUCCAUCAAUCCUCAUGAAGCUUACGUCGUGGCAGGUCGCAAAGGAUUCAUUCACAUCCCGGGCGGCUACGAUAACAUUGGAAAGCCGGUGCUGGUGAGGACGAGGAGAACAGGACACAGCAGGAACCCCUCUCGUCGCUCCCUCCACGGUCAGGACAAGCUCAGAGUCACUGUCUACAGGAAUGGAGACGACACCAGCACCUAUCCCUUCACUUUUAAUGCGGAGGACUACAAAAACUGGGAGAAAGCCCUCGACAGACUCUCAGACAUCCCGAACGGUCCCAUAAGAAGAAUAUUCUACCUGAGCGGAAACCCAGUGCAGAGUCCACAGGAUCUCAUUAACCACGGGACUUACGUAGUGGCGGGGCAGUGGGAGUCUUUCCAGCCCGGUAACUACGGGGACCUCACGCUAGGGGUGGAUGAUGGUGCUGCUGCCUUUACUGGCGUGGAGAGGUGGUCCCUCUCUUCCCGCACCCCCGGGGAAAGACUUAGUAAGACUCCAGGAGCCUCCAUACCUUCGCAAGAGACUGGAAGCGAAGAGUGGGAGACAGAAAGGUGGACUGCAGAAGAUGAAGAAGAUAUCUGGAAAAGUGAUGAUGAAGAGAACUGGAAGAGUGAAGAUAAAUUUGAAGAUGAAGCAGAGAACUCAUAUUAUGCAAAUUAUAAGGAAAUAGAGGAGGAAGAUGUGAAGGAUGAAGAAAGUAUUGGGCCGGGGGAUGAAUGGGCAGGGGAAGGAGAGGAGGAGUAUGCAGGAGGAGGAGAUGAGACGAAGCAGGAGGAGGAACAGAACACAGAAGAGAACAAUCCAGUAAUAGUUCUUGGUGGCAGCACUGACGACCUUGAGUACCACUUCUACGAUUCCACCUUUCCCCGUCACACGCCCAUUGUGGAGGAGAACGAGGACGACCUUGAAGAAGAAGAAGGGGAAGGGGAAGAAGAAGCAGAGGAGGAAGAGGAGGAGGAGGACGACCAGGAUGAUGAUUUCUGGAGACUGGAAGAGGAGGAGGACGACGAGGAGGAGGAGAUGAGGUCCACAUCAAGGGUUUCUAUAUUCGACAGUGGCCACGCUUCUCUACUUAGCGACGAGGACCGACCUGACAGUGUGUUUAGAGCGAAGACCAGACUCUCUCGCCCGGCAACGCAAGCAAGAGAGGUGGACUAUGACACGGAUGACGGUGGUAUAUACAAAGCUAAACAUCGCAAGGACUACGCAGCGCAAGAGGUCCUGGAGUCCUCAGCCACUAAUAUCGAGCUCCCGGUGGAUAUGAUCGAUGCCACUGAGGUGCAGGAGGAGAUUGUGGCGUGACAGCGACGGGUGGAGGUGCGUGGUGUGGCCUGCUGGUCCUGCUGGGGUGUUACUGUACUUCUGUUGGUGAAGGUUACGUUUAAGGGUUCCUGUGACGCUGUGUUUGUGUCUCAUUGAAUCUGUUUAAGUUUUUUGGUGUUUUUUUUUUUUUUCGUGUUUUGUUUCUGGGGUAGUGGAUAAGUUGUUCCUCGCGUGAAUGAAGAGUGUAUGUACGUCUGUAUGUUUUCCUGUGACUGGUUUGGUUUCGUAUUGAUUUCCUGUAGUUUGAGUUUUUUUUUUUAUGUUUUUUUUUUUUUUUUUUUGUCGCGUGAUUCAAGGGUGUUUGGUGUGUAAUGGUGAAUAUGUACUUUUUGUGACGCUGUGUUGAUUUUGUAUUGAAUUUCGUUACGUUUAGAGGUUUUUCUCCGUGUAUGUGUUUCUGAUAGUGUACAAAUUGUUUCUCCUUCUCUGGCGUGAUUCAGAAUUGUACGAGUGAAUUUGUGCAUUCUUGGCGACUCUAUGUGGAUUUCUGUCCGAUUUCCCGUUAGGCUUCAGUAAGAUUUUUUAAUGUUUUUCGCUUCUGGCAGUGUACAAAUUGUUUCUCGUGGGAUUAAGCAGUAUAUGAGUGAACCUGUAUAUUUUUCCCGUCGCUUUACGAGUCUCUAUUCAAUCCCCUGUAAGUUUCAGCGGUGAUUCUUGUAUUUUGUAUAGUUUUUUUUUUGUAUUUGUUCAAUGGUUAGCGGGUCUUUCUGCCAGUAUGAGUGAACUGUAGUAUAUCUUUCGCGAUCUAUUGCUGUAUGAAUUUCUGUCCAAUUUUCCUUAGGUUUCAGUAGCAAUUCUUGUAUUCUGUACAGUUUUUCCAUCGGUUCAGUGGUUAGCGGGUCUAGCUACAAAUUAGUGUGGUUCAGUUUGAGUCUAAAGCACAUGUAGGGGCGCGCCUUUCCGAAGUCUAUGAGAAAACAUGCGUUUGGCUGUAGCUCCGAAACUAGCCACAGAUUAAUCUCGGAACCUAAACCAGUCUAACAUGUUCAACAGUGAUUGGCUCCUACUCUUCCAGACUUCGGAAAUACGUGGGGCGUGUAUUGUCCUGACAGUCGCACAUUGCACCAUAUUCUGAAACACUUCUGGCCGUUCAUCGAUUACUUUCAAAAGGCUGUAGUUGAAGUAACACCGGUCCUUAAGGAUGUUUUUUUUUAUGGUUCUGGUGAUAGAUUAACAGGAUUUAUGCGUUAUUAACAGGAGAAACACUCUUGAGAACCCGGCUAAUUAUCUCUGUGGCCUUUGAAAAUGAUCGUGGUGGGAGAGCAGCGUUUCGGAAUACAGGUCAUUCAUGUAGGAUUGACCAAUAAACGGGUAAUUCAAUUGUAAAGACUCCCUCCUUAGCCUGGUUCACCCUUGCAAGACUUAAGAAUUUCAUUAAGUAGUCUGAGGGAGGAGUGUCAGACAUCAUGCAGUAUAUACAUACACAUACACAAACUAAGCAUUACCUCCAGACAAGUAUGAUAUUUGUUACAGGGAGAAAUUAUACAAGUAGUUGGAUAGUUAGUAAGCAUUAAGUAGUUACGUAGUCUGAGGAGGAAGUGUCAAAUCUCGUGCAGUUUAUAAUUAUAAAUGCAUUACCUCCAUACAAAUAUGAUGAUAGCUGCUAUAGGAGGUUAUGGUGUAGUUAAAUGAACGUUAAUACUUGAGUAAUGGUGUGUCUAUUACUGCCAGCCGGGAUGACAGCCUCUCCUGGCAUUGUUUCUGAAGCACGAGUGGUUGUUGCCGUACACGGAGAAUCCAGUCUUAUGCUCAAGUAUAUAAUUAUAUAACAUGCACACAAUGAACCUUGUAAUUAUUUAAUGAAAAUAAACAUAUAUAUACUUUGCAAUAUUCCGUUUAUUAUUGUUAUUACUGAAGCCUUAAAGUUUUAUGUAUUUGAUCACCAUGUCUUUCGUUAUUGGUAAGAAGUACAAGACAAGUCAUUGCCACGUGCUGCCUUUUCUCUGAUAAACCACCGAUUUAAGCAGUAAUACUAGUGAAGCUCAUAUAAUUUUCUCUAUUAUUCCUUAGUCUUUAUGUAUCGACAACCAGAUCUCUUCCUUCGUCUUUUGUAAGGAACACAAGAUUUAAUUCAUUGCUACGUGCUGCCUUCUCGCUGGUAAGUUGGAAAGCUUUAUAUGAGUGACGUGAAUUCCCUGUUGUAAAAAAAAAUGUAUCUCUCUCAAAUCGUCUUUCGUUACCAAUAUCGUUAUCAUUACCGUUAUCAUUAUUACGCCACGAAAAAGAAUUAACAUUAAACUAUCUCAUAUGAACGACGUGAAUUCCCUUUCGUAAAAAAUAUAUAUCAAACCGUCUUUCGUUAUCUCUUAUCAUCAUUACGCCACACCAUUUAAGAGAGAAUGAAUUAACAUUACAUUAUCUUUCUACUGUGUUUCUUCACUACUACGCCACGCCAUUUAGCAGAGAAAAGAUUAACAUUACUUCUCUCAAAUCCCGUCUUUCUGCUCUCUCUUCUGUCAUUAUUACGCCACAGCAUUUAGCAGAAAUAGGAUCAACAUUACCUUGUCCAUCGCUAUCUGUUCUAUCAUUAUUACUACACCAUUAAACAGAGAAAGAUAUAGCAUUAGCACAUUACCUCCCUCGAACCCUAUCUUCUACUAUCCACUUUAUAUCAUCACUACGCCGAACCACCAUUACGCAAGAUGCCGAGGGUUCUAUUCUUCAGAGUACAUCAUCCCCCUCCGAGCUGUCCUUCACGUGUCUGGUGCAGCCUUAAGCCCCUUUCCCCCUAAGCCAGACUCAGCCCAGAUCCAACCAGCCCUCGACCCUCAGUGCUCGAGGCUCAAAGGGGAGAGGAGGCGAGUCAAAGUGGCGCUGAAUGAGGACGAAGCAAAGGACCCCAAGACCAGACGCUGAAAAAUAUUACUCCUGGUCCUCUUCAACUGCACUCUUGCUUGAUAAUUCGAAGCUGCUAGUGAAGUAUUUACAAUUCCCAAAUUUCGUAAAGUCUAAAAGGCAUCUCGUGUAGGUUGGAAUAGGGUAGUAAAGAUGUGGUUGGGAUAUAAAGUCACGGGAAAAUAAGGGAAAAUGCAAGAAAUCAUAAGGUCUAUACGUGGCACUCCCUGUUUGAAAAAAAAAAGAAAAAAAAGCGUGGAUAGCUAUUUCCUCUGUAUUCCCAUCCGUAUGUUUGUCUAGUUUUAAUUAAAAACUCAGUAUUGACUCGGCACUAAGC